AUCCCUUAUUCUCCCAAACGAAAAACCCAAACCACCUCUGUGCAAGCAAAAUUAACCGCAACCAAUCAACCCUCAUGGCCAGUAACGGCGAAAGCUCUUCAGCAACGCCUCAAUCGACGGCCGAUAAGCCUGUGAUCGUUAGGGUUAAGCGCAAAAUCUCCCAGUCUCGUCUCGAUGCUUUCUGGCUCGAAAUCAAUGAGCGACCUUUGAAGCGACCUUUUUCUGAUUUUCAGAAUCUAUCGAUAUCGGAAUCGCCCCAAAAAGAGGAGUUGAAGAGUAAGAAGGUAUUUGUGCAGCAUGUUGAUACAGUUGAAAGCUCUCGGGAUACAGUUGAUAUUGUUCAAUCUUUUAUACCAAAUUCUGGUAAGAAAAGGAGUCAGGAAGGAGGGCGCCCUCAGAAAACUGAUUAUAGGCAACAACAGCUAUCAAAAUCCAUCCAAAAGCAAGAGGUAAUUGCAAAAAAUGCUCGUUUUGAACAAAUAUGGAGGAGCAGAAGAGGUAAAAAAGAGGCGGUUGAUGAAAUGUGCCAUUUCUAUGAUGUUGUUCGUGUUGAUGUUGAGGAAAAGUAUAAUAACAUGCAAUUUGAAGAGAGAUCCUUGGAGGAUCAAAAGCUUUUGUCAAGUUAUUUGCCUUUAUUGAAAAAGUACAUCCCUGAAGCUGUUGCCGGAAUUGAAUCUGAUAUGCGAGAAUAUGUGUUUGGAAAAGAACAAUAUGUGUAUGACUACUACACUGUGAAGGAUGACCAUGAUUUAGAUGAGGAUGCGGCUUCAAAUCCAUUCCCACUGGUGCAGGUGGAUGAUGAGGAUUUCUAUGAUGUGCCAUAUGAGUCAGAAUACGAUAGCGAAGAUUCAAAUGCGGAAGAUAAUCCAAGAAAUGAUUAUCCUGAUGAAUUAUCUGACGAGGAGGAAGAGGAUGAAGAUGAAGAUGAGGAUGAGGAGAGUAAAUCAUCUAGCAGUAUCAAGUCUUCAGAAGUUGGGAGCCUGGGAGGCUAUGAUGAAGACCUAUAUGAAGUUGAUUCAUGUGAUGAUGAUUAUCUUGGUCAUGGAAAUAGUGAUGACGAUACUGAUGGUGCAGAUUGGAGAUGGUCUUACAGGUGAAAUAUGAACUUAGUUGGCAAGCAGAUUUAAUUGUUUGGAGAUCAUGUUAGAUGAUUUUGUUUUAUGUUAAACUCUGUUCAUAAUUAGAUCCAAAAGACCUCACCUUAAUAGGAUUCGUAGUAUGAAUUAAUCAUGACAAUGCCAUGAUAAGAUACAUGGUUACUUGAGCAGCUUCCAAAGUUUGUGAAUUUAUGGAUG